AUGUCGAUCGAGCAACAAGUUCCAGCUUUCCAUGCCGGCGAAUUUCUUCUAUCUGCACACUCGGAUGACUGUCCAAACGAGGAGCAGCGGCGGCCUCCCCCGUCCACCUCGCGUUCUGCUGGAGUGGAAAAUUCGCCGUCAUUGAGCAGCGGCUUUCCUUGUCCUUCAUCAACCAUCACAGGCGACCCUCUCCGCCGUCGUCGGUCAAACCAAAAACGAAGCCCUCCGCCGUCGAGCAGACAAGCCCUGUUCCAAUUACAGUUUCCGUCAAGCCUCCAUCGAAAAUCCCAGCCACCGUCGGCGACCCUUCACCGCCUCCUCUACCAUCGUAUGCGAACGACCAGCGAGAUCCACAGACGAGAGAAGCAACCGCUGAACCUCUUUCCACGAGCAGCCCCGCUGGCAUCCAUUCAUGAGUUGAGAUGUGAUAAUUCAGUUGCUAGUAGUGAUAUUGCAUCUAGUAAUGAGUCGGUGGACCGGCAAAGAGCUUCUCAUUUUUGUAAGGUUGGAGUUAGGAGAUUAGCUCUAGCAAAGUAG